AUGGCAGAUUUAUUUUCAGAGUCUAUCAAACAUUUUCUGGCAUAUCUUGGUGAAAUGGACAAAGGCGACAUGCAGCGAAGUGUAGAAAGCUUGCGACACCAGCUAAACAUUCAGAGAUUACCCGUGUCACAAUCGGCCAAUGAAAUGAAGCGAUACAUCGAGGGGCAACAGGAAAACGAUCCACUAGUGAAUCCAGUUGAUAAACGAUGCAAUCCUUGGGCUGAAAAAUCGAAAUGUCAAAUCCUAUAA